AGGGGACCUACGUAGACACACACCAUUGGCUUAUCCUAUCCUCCUUCCGAUUACAUUAUCACCUCAAAAAUGAUACCACCAUCCAUACAUCCACAUGAAAAGCAAGCACAAAAAUCUUCUUUUCUACUUCUUCAAUUCCCACACUCCCGCCGUUCACGGCGGCCCAAGAAAAGCAAAAGGCACCAGCAACCAUAGCGACGACAAUGGCGUUCUCUAGCAUUUUGCAUUCUCCAAUUCAGUUCCCUCUCCCCGGCCCCCACCAGCAUCACCGCCGCCGCGCCCCCUUUUUCACGGCAGCAGCCGCCAUUCCCCCUCUCGCCGCCGCCACGGACUUGGCCUCAGUCUCCGGAACCCUGGACGGCGCGGCUAUCGCCGUCAUAGGCGGCGGGUCCGUCGCUGCCCUCGCCGCCGCGCUCUCCCUCGCCGACCCGGAGAGGCGCCGCCAGCUGCAGGCGGAGGAGGUCGGGGGCGGGGACAAGGAGGUAGUUCGGGAGUACUUCAACAACGACGGGUUCCAGCGGUGGCGGAGGAUCUACGGGGAAACCGACGACGUGAACAAGGUGCAGCGGGACAUCAGGCUGGGCCACUCGAAGACGGUGGAGAACGUGAUGAAGAUGCUUCUGGACGAGGGCCCGCUGAGUGGGGUCACGGUUUGUGACGCCGGGUGCGGGACGGGCUGCCUCUCAAUACCCUUGGCCAAGGAAGGGGCAAUUGUGGCGGCCAGUGAUAUCUCGGCAGCCAUGGUUGAUGAGGCUGAGAAACAGGCAAAAGAGGAGCUUUUCAAUGGCAAGGACGAGCUACCCUCUGGACUCGUACUGCCAAAAUUCGAAGUGAAAGACUUGGAGAGCUUAGGCGGAAAGUACAACACAGUAGUCUGCUUAGACGUUUUGAUACACUACCCACAGAACAAAGCAGAUGCCAUGAUUGCACACUUGGCUUCUUUGGCUGAGAGCCGAUUGAUAUUAAGUUUUGCCCCAAAGACAUUUUACUAUGAUUUGCUGAAGAGAGUUGGGGAACUAUUCCCUGGGCCCUCAAAGGCUACACGGGCUUAUCUUCAUGCAGAGGCAGACGUGGAGAGGGCAUUGAAGAAAGUUGGGUGGAAAAUAAGAAAGAGAGAUUUGAUAACAACACAGUUCUACUUUUCAAGAAUUGUUGAGGCUAUUCCAGCUCAGUGAGGAAGUGUGAGCUUAUCGGCAAUCUUUUCAAGAGCAUCAAUAAUCUUGCCAAGAGCUGCCAUUAAACUGCCAUGCUGUUCUUUCUGCUGUUCUCUCUCCACUUGACGGCUCAACUUCUGUUCUUCAAGGUGUGCACUCAGUAGAUUAGUGGUUCUCUCUAGAGAUUUGAUCAAUGAGUUGUCCACAUCAGCAUUUUGAGAAUCUCCUGAUGACUGCCUUCUUCUCUUCACUCCCUCUUGAGAUUCAGAACCUUCCCAGAAAUUUUGGCCUUGUUCUCUCUUGUUUCCUGUGAUUUGAGAAAUAAUAUUUGAAUCAUGGAAUAUAUACAGAAACUGCCCCUGAGGGUUGGCCUAAUUAUGGAAAAACUAUAUUCUUCCAAAUAUUUAAUACCUCCUUAAGUUAUUAUAAGCAGCCCCUUGAAGGUUCUCAUGAUCUUAAGAAUUUCUCAGGAUAAAUAUCGAGAAGUUACUUGUAUUAUAAAAGAGAGCUGUGUGAAUCUGUAAUUCUAGUGAACCUCAAGGGUACCUUGUUGCGAUAAACUCUUUUACCAAAGCACUGAAUACUAAUAUGAUACAAUCAGAUGCUUCACCUUGAUUUACACGUGCUGCGUGAACUGCUUGACAUUUCAUCUCUGUCAACAACAGGUUAAACAUUAGUUCUGAGUGAGUCUUC